CGCUGUCGUUGAGCUAGAAGAGCCGGGCCGUAGAUACCACAGUGAGUGGCAUGUAAGUUAGUGUGCUGGCUGCCAGCGUUUCAAAAACCCUUUUAGUGCUUCAGGCGCUAAGUCCGUCAUUUUCGCUCCCGCGCCGUUAUGUCUCUCCAGCCAUUCACCUCUCUGUAUCGAUAUGCUGUUGAACCAAUAGCACCAUUUACCUGGUUCGGUACCAAGGUCUGCUCCCUCGACUUGGUAGCCGUGUUCAGGCUUUGCAUCGUUUUGAGACAGAUGAGGGAAAUUCUGCAUGCCAAACACUGUCAGCGAACUGCUGGGGAGAAUAGACUCGCACUUGCAGAGGAGAGGUCCUUCGUGAGAGACGCAUGUACCAUGCUGACUAUUGUAUUUGGAGGAGAGGCUAUCAUAGGCCCUCUACUUGGCAUCACGCCGUCUUUCAUGUUCUCGGGUGUUUCUCCCGGAUUGUACAUCGCUGCACAGGCGAUUGUAGAGUAUAUCCCUGUCCUGCCGUCCAUGUCACUCGGCACCGAACUUCCUCUAUCCGUUGUCGACGGGUUCACGCGCGCAAUGCUCCUCUGCAGCCUUAUACCACCACCCGUCAUUACCCACACAUCCCCUGUCAUCGCAUCUUCCCCAUGGGCUCUCCUUCUCUCGUCUCUCGUCAUUACUAAUGGCGGUUUCUUCAUAACAAACAUGUUCUCAUUCAUGGAGCCCACCCCGCUUACACUGACGACCCCAGAUGAGCUCAAGCCCUAUGGCUGGACAGUCACUGACAUCUGGUCCGCCCCGCUUAUCACGGGGCUCUACGCACUCCUCACACACGCCCAACCGUUCUGGGCCGAGUUACACAGUGUAAUUUCAACUGCCCUCGGAGGCGGUAAAGUUAGUCCUAUGGACCCAGAGUCCGCCCGUGCGCUGUGCGCGCUAAUUCUCGUAGUAUUGUUCUCCACCCGGGCUGCGAAGAGCUUUGGGCUUAUCUGGAAGAAGAGCGUUGUUGAGAAGAUGAAGAUACAGUGAAUACCCAGCGUGAUAUCGAUUUAUACCACUUGCUAUAGAUCUACAGCAUGAUGAUAUUUAUGAAUGAUAUGCCUUUGCUACGAAU